AUGGACAUCAAGAAUACUAAAAAGAAACCUGAAUUAAGUGAACAGUUAUUCGUUGGAAAUUAUGUUGAUGUUUAUCAUCAAGAAAGCAAAAAAUUUAAAUUAGCAUACAUUUUGUAGAAAACAAAUAAGGAAAUUAAAGUCACUUAUGAUGGAUUAUCAAAAAAAGAAAAUGAGGUAUAUUUGUGUGUAUAAACAUUGACUAGAUAAUUAAAUUAUCAUAAAAUCGAGUAUAAUUUGCAAGAAGAUCUACUUAAAGUAAAUAAUCAUUUAAAUCAAGAUUACACGGGUGAUGACUAGAAACAAUAAAAAACAUCUCGUGAUUAUUUACAAUAUUCAAGAGAAGAUUGUGAAAAAUAUACAAAGGAAUUAAUAACAAUUAUGUAAACUAAUUUUCAGGGAUUUACACCUAUUGAGAUUAUUCAGUGUGUGCGAGUUAGAUAGUUUAUUUAUUUGGACAUGGUGCUUUCAAAUCAAAUCUAACCAAAAGAAUUACCUAUUGCAUUAGAAUACAUUAAAACUUAUUAUAACUUCAUUAAAUGGUAUUUUGACUAAUUUCCAAAAUAUUUUGCAGAUGUAAAUCAAUCUAUAAAAUUAGUAUAUGAAACAUUUGAAUAAUAAUGAACUUUAUAUUAUUGAUGAACGAGUAUCAAUAGCAAGUUGUUUAUAAGAAGUUAGUGAAGCAUUCUGUAUGUUAUUUGGAUCUAUUAAGAGACUUUUAAAAUAAUAGAAUUCUUUUUUUUAUGUAUUUUUUUUUAUUACAAUAUAGUUAAAUCAUGAUCAUUUAUAGUAAUUGAUAGAUAAGACUUUUAUGGUACCAGUCUACUAAGGAUUUGUAACUAAUCCUAAUAUAGAGGAUUGGAAACUUUAACCAGAAGCUGGUGAUGAAGUUAAAUGUAUUUAAAAAUCAUGGUAAUUUUAUUUAAAAACCAUGUCAUACUUUCGUUCUAUUGGAGGUCUUUAAAGUUGGGAAAACUUAUUAAAACCAUAUUAAGGAGGAGAAUAUAAUUAUAUUCCUCUUAAAGCCAUGUAAAAAAUUGUAUUAACAUAAUAAUAUUUAUCAUAAUAUUUUCCAUAGUAAGAAUAAAGUAAUAUGGCUAAAAAGACAUUGGAAUGGUUCUAAUAAAGAGUAGCUAAUCUGACAAUUUAAGAUAUCAAAGAUACAGAUAUUAAUUAAAUUAAAGAAAUUGUAUAAGAAAUGCAAUAUUAUUUCUUUAAAGGAUAUUCAUAGGAUAAUUUAAAUAAAUUAGUUGAUGAAAUUUAAUUAUAAUUGGCAUUGACAUUUUUGAAGUCUAAUUUCCUUGAGAAAAGAGUCAAAGGUCUUUGUGAGAUAAAAGAUUUUAUUGAGAAAUUCAAAUUUGAAACAAAUAGUUAAAUAGAAAUGAUGAAAAACUCUAUGAACAAGGAUGAAUUUAUUUAAUUGAUAAUUUAGAAUAAGAUUUUAGAUUAUACACUUUUAGGUGAUUCAGCACAUCCAGAAUUAAUGAAGAGAUCAAGUGAUGUGGCUAUUUUCUUAUGUAAAAAUCAAGUUUUUUAGAAUGAUUAUGUGGAUAAAAUAUGGUUAAAUAAUUAUAACAAACAUGAAACAACUUAAUUAGCAUUAUAUGAAUUUUUUAAAGCAAUCUCACCAGUUCUCUAAUUUUAAGGUAUUGAGAAUCUCUACAAUCAUAUAUUGAAAAUUCCAUAUACAAAGUAUAAUGAAAAUAUUGUGAGUAUGAUCGGAACAUUUACAGAGGCAGCUUUAUCUUAGAAAUUUCAUAAAUAAUAAUUACAAAUAAAGACAAAUAAGAGAUUUAUGACAUUCAACUAAUUAUGGGAAUUACUUUAGGAUAAGGAAAACCCAUUAGUAGAUAGUAAUAUCUAAGAGCAAUGUUUUUAAGCAGCUCGUAAAAUUAUUUAAUAAAUUCCAUAAACAAAAUAAUUCAUUUCUUAUUAUUUUGGAAAAUGUUUUGAAUUGAUUGGAAAUCAUAAAUCUGUUUAUUAGGCUAUUAGUUUUGUUCACUAUUUUCUUGAUAAACAAUUAAAGGAUGAUAAAAGUAAAAAGGAAUUGAUCUAAUUUACAGAUGAUAAAUAUAAUAUUAUAGAACUUUUUGUUAAAGAUGUUGAAGUUUAUAUGGAGAAAGUAAGAUAAUAUUUCAAAAAUGAGAAACCUUAAGAUAUCAUUAUUUAUGGAAUUUAGAAAUUUAGUUAGAAUGUAUUUUUUAGAUUAUAGAUGUUAAAUUAUUUACUUUUAUAAACUGAUCUAAAAAUUAAUUAUUAAUAAAGUUUUAGAUUAUGGGAUGCUUUGUCUGCUAAAACUAAAGGUGGAAUAUAGAAAAAAAUAUUAAAUCAAAUUUUUAUCAGUAAUUAUUAACAAAAUAUUUCUUCUUUUGAAAUUAAUUAAGUAUAUUUUGAUAAAGAGGGCCAAUCUAAGUUUUUUACUUAAGUGUUAUGUAAUCCUGAAAGGAAUGAUUAUGAAAAGUAAAAGUUUUUGAUUAAUAAUUUAGUUACACAAUCGAAGACUUUGAAUUAUUUUUAGUGUUUUUCAAAUCCUACAAUUAUUCUAGACAGAUUAUGAAUUAUUUUGUAAAUUCUAUCCGUUUCAUUGUAAAUGAUCAUAAUUUUGAAGGUAAAAAUGCCAUUUGGUAAAUUUUUGCCAAGGUAAAAGAUCUAGGCUUGCUUGAUCAAAUUGCUAAUUUUAUAAUUAAUCUUUAUACAAAUCUAAGUUAAACUCUAGAUAAUAAAUGUGAUAAAAUAUAUUAGGAAAUGAUGGAUAAGUGUUUAGAAUUAAUAUAAUAAUAAUGUCCUAGUUUAACUACUAGAUCAAUUAAUCUAUUAUUAUCUUUAUUCAAUUACUUUUAAAGUGGUCCAUUAUUAAAGAAACCAAUUAAACCUAAUAGCUAUACUUAAUUUAUGGUAUAAAUCAUUAAUACAAAUAAUUAAAUUACAAUUAAAGAAUUUAAAGUAGGAGAUAAAACAACAAUUAAUGAAAUGAAAUAAAAAAUAGCUGAAGAUUUAUAAGUAGCAUAUUAGUAAUUAGAUAUUAUUGUUGAUAACAAACUAAUUGAAUAAUAAGUUGAUAUUGUAGAAAGUUUAGUUAGUCAAGUAAUCCAACAUAUGGCUUAAGUAAAAGUGAGAAUCAAUAACAAAAGUCAUCCUAAAAAUUACUUUUCUUAAGAAUAACGUACUUUUGAUAUUCUAUUCAAAUUACUUAAUAAAUAAGAAAAUACAGAAUUCUUGAAUUAAGUUUGGGAUUUGAUUAAUAGAUUGCCUACUAAUAUUUAAAUAAAAAAUUAAAUUGAAAAUUGUAAAGAUUGGAAAAAAUACUUAGAUCACUCAUUCUUUGAAAUGUUUUAUUUAUUAUAAAUCAUAUAAGCAUUAUUAGAAAAUGGAUAAUGGUGUGAAUAAUUUAAUAAUUCUGAUGGAGUGAAUUUAGUAACUCAAAAAUUCUUAGGUUAAAAGUUGUAAUUUUAGUAAAGACCACUUGAGAUUAAAUCUUGUUUAACAUAUUUAGAUAUACUAAGUCAUUCUAAUAUUAAAAUAAAUGAGCCUUAAAUAAUUGAUUAAAUUAAAUAGAAGAUAUUAGAAAUAAUUUAAGAACUCAGUUAUUACAUUAAAACAAAGAAAAAAUUUGAAUUAGGAUAAAAGAAAACAUUUUAAUAAAAAGAAAUGAAUCAAAAUGAAACUCGUCUUUUAAGAAGAUGUUUUAAUUAUUUACAUGAAUCUGGUUGUAAAUAAUAUGUAAGAUAAAAUCAUUAAUUAUAAUAACAAAUUUAUAAUUAUUAUGUAGAACAUGAGAAUUAAGAACUCAAAAAAGAAUAUAGCAUUUAAUUAUUAAAUUUCAAGAAUACUUAAGAAAGUAAAUUAUUAAUUAAAAUAUUAUUUGAUGAUGUACUAAAAAAUGUAAUUAAAAAUAACAAAUAAAAAUGUAAACGCUUUUUUGAGUUUUGUUGUAAUCUUUUAUAAUAGGAAAAUAAUUUAAAUAUAGAAAAUUUUGAUUUGGAAGAUCUAUUGUCCUAUAUCAAAUUAAAACUAUAAUAAUUACCAAAAAAUGAAAUUAAAAUUAAAGAUUAAGAUUAAAUAUUAAUUGGUUUAUUAAAACUCUUGAAUGCUAUUAUAGAUAAGCUUCCUCAUUUGUCAAAUAAUAACUAAUUAUUUGAGUAAAUAUUAAGUUAUUUAUUAGAAAAUGAGGAAGAAACAAGAUCCAAAUGUAAAUCUUAAUAAUCAAGAACUGCUGCAUUUAAUUGUUUAUCUACUCUCUUAAAAAAUUAAUAAAAUAUGAAUAAAUUCUUAGACAUUAUUUCUCAUUUACAUUCUACAAGCACAUGGAGAACUAAAAAUUUAAAUGAUUGGAAUAUAUAAAGUAAAUUUAAUGAAAAAUCAUCAACUGGAUAUGUUGGUUUAUAUAAUUUAGCAGGCAUUUCUUAUAUGAAUUCUUUACUUUAAUAAUUAUAUAUGGUGACUGCAUUUAGAGAAAAAUUAUUAAAGGUAGAAGACAAGAAUAAUUGUGUUUAAGAAGAGAAUCUAUUGCAUUAAUUGAAAUGUUUAUUUUUAGCAUUAAAAUAUUCUUAAAAAUAAUAUCAUAAUCCAAAAAAGUUCUGUUAUGCUUUUAAAGAUUUAGAUAGAAAUCCAAUAAAUGUCUUUUAAUAAAUGGAUGUUGAUGAAUUUUUUAAUUUACUUAUGGAUAGAAUUGAAUUAAAUAUUAAAUCAACUUCAGAUGAAGAUUUAGUUAAAAGAUUCUUUGGUGGAGUAAUGUCAAAUGAAAUUAUUUGUAAGACUUGUCCUCAUUAAUCUGAAAGAGAAGAACCCUUCUUUGCUAUAUCUCUACCUGUUGUAAAUAAGAAGAAUUUAGGAGAAUGUCUAUAAACUUUAGUACAUGGAGAUUUACUUGAAGGAGAAAAUGCAUAUAAUUGUGAAUAAUGUAAUAAGAAAGUUAAUGCAUUAAAGAGAAUGUGUAUUAAGAAAUUACCAGAUCAUCUCGUUCUUGUUUUGAAAAGAUUUUAUUUUGAUUUUGAUUUGAUGGCAAAAGCUAAAAUAAAUGAUAGAAUAGAAUUUCCAUUUGAAUUAGAUAUGAUGCCUUAUUCUUAAUAAGGAUUGAGAUAAUAAGAAAAUAGGAUAAAUAAUUCAAAUGAAUAAGAUAAUCCUUAAGAAUAUUAUUAAUAUAGAUUAACAGGAGUUGUUAUUCAUAUGGGUUAAGCAAAUAGUAAACAUUAUUAUUCAAUUAUUUAAGAUAAGGAUGAUUUAAAUAAAUGGUAUGAAUUCAAUGACAUUUUAGUGACUUCUACAAAUAUAAAAGAUCUUAAGAAUGAUGCAUUUGGUGGUGCAGAUAAAAUGUUAAAGAAUUAAGAUUAAUCUAAAAAUGCUUAUAUGUUGUUUUAUGAAAGAAUAUAUCCUAUAAACAUAGCUGAUCAAUAAUAAUAAAUAAAUGUAGAAAUAGAUUAGAAAACAGUUUAAUUUUUAGAUGAAAUUAAAGAUGAAAAUAGAAAAUUCCAAAUUCAAAGAUUUAUAUUUAGUCCAGAAUACUUUAAUUUUAUGUAGAAUUUGAUUAAACUCUAAUUAUAAUAAUAAUAAGUUUAAGAUUAAAUUAUAUAAAAACUAGUUUUCUUUUAUUUGACAUGUGCAGUAAGAGAAAAUGAUAAAACAUUUGUUACAAAUAAUAUUUUAGAUAUAUAAGUAUUAUUAAGAAAAUCACCUAAUACUUCUUAUUGGUUAUUAAAAUGUUUCAAUUAAUAAUAAUAUAUAAGAGAAUUUUAAUUUGAUUGUUCAAAAAAAAUGGUAAGAAAAUUUGUAAUUUCAAUGAUAAUUACAGCAAUUGAGACAGUUUAAUAAUAAGAAGAUUAUUAAGAUUUAUUUGAAAUUGUAGAUGAUAAACCAAAAUCAUUAGUAGCUUCAUUAAUAAAUGUUUGGAUAUAGAUGAUUACUGAAUUAAAAAAGAGUUUAAAAAAUUCAGUAGAAUUUUAUGAUCUUUUCUAUAAAUUUGCUAAAUUAAACAAAUUUAAUGCUUAAUAUUUAAUAUCAAAAAGAUUAGUUGGAAAAUUGUUGGAUCUUGUUCUUGAUGUUCUUAAAGUGGAUACUAAUAUAGCCUAAAGGGAAGUUGUAAGAAAAAUAGAUGAUGUAAAAAUAAUUAAAAUUAAUGAUGAUCCAAAUAAUUAUUUAGGAUAAUAAAAUAAUUAAAAUUUUGAUGUUGCUUCAAAUUAUUAUGAUGAAUUAUUGGAAGAGAAAUUUGAAAAAUCAAUGAAUUCAGGACCUUCAACUAGUAGAGUAUAUUUAUGGAGAGUGAUAGCUUAUUUAAUAAAAGGAGAAUUUAAGUAAUUGUUAUCUGCAGAGGAGUAAAUUCUACUUUAAUUCGAUUAACAAUUUAUUUUAUAACUUUUAGAAGAAGGUGAUUGUAAAUUAGCCAUUAGAAUGAUUUCGGAUAUUUUAUGUGUUAUUUCAAUGGAUAAUUAAAAAUAAAGUGAUCUUGUUAUAAAUUCUAUCAUAAAGUUAAUAAAUGAUAGGGAAUAUAAAGAUUAUAGAAAAUAUAUAGUAGUUUUAAAAAGAUUAUUUUAGAUGAAAGAUUAACUUUAAAUUACAAGAGUAAAAUACAUAUAUUAUUAAAUUUUAGAUCAAUAUAGGAAUGACUAAAUUUUUGGAUAUAAUGUAAAAAUAAGGAUAAUACUUCUUAGAAACUGAUGUUUGUUAGCAAUAUAUUUUAAGAGUAUAUAUAUAUUCUCAAUUAUAUAUAGAUAGUCUCCAAGAAUUAAGCAGUUCAUUAAUGGAUGGUCAAAAAUUAAAAAUUCUGGUAAUGGAUAAUAGAAAUCAAUAAUACAUAACCACAUCCAAAUGAUAGAUUAAUUGCCAAUAAUUCAAUUCCACAAAAAUGUUAACAUAGAUUACAUAAUAUUUAUCUACCCAAUACUUCUUAAGGAUAUGCAAAAUUAUUAAGUUGGAAGAAACUAUAAUAUAUCAAUUUGCCCAAAGAACCAUUUAAAUUAAAUGAUGAUUUUGAUACAGAUGAUGAUUUGACUGAAAAAAAUGUUAAGGUUGAUGAGAAAAUAGACUAUUAGUAAUAUUUAUAUUAUAUUUAAAGUGAUUAAAAAUAAUGGAUUACUGCAACUAUUAGUAAAGUAAUGGGGGAUUAUAUUCAUUUAACUUUUAGUAGUAAAAUGGCUCCAUAAAAUAUGGAUAUUGAAUUAGAUAAUGAAGUACUUGCUCCAUUUAAUACUUUAUCUAAUAAUAAUAAAAUACCUGGUAUAUUUAAUUGUUAUUUAUUAUAAUAGGUUAUUAUAAUCAAAGUUAUGAAUUGGUUAUUUAAGAUCAAUCUGAUCAUGAUAAUGAUAUAGAAGAAGGUAAUAAUAAUUCUAAUAAUUAAACUGAUUCAGAUGGAGAGUGA